AUGAGCUUCUCAGAUCAAGCAUACGAUACCAACAUCUACAUAAAGAGAUCAGAUUGUGAAUUUAGAAAGGAAUAUGUCAAAGAUGUGACUUAUAAUGUCUAAUACUGCCUUCCAAAAGGAGAUCAUUAUUUUGGCCUUGUUAACAUAGAUUUAACUUUGAACAAAAUUCCUCAUUCCAGAUUGUUCCUUGAUUUCAGAGGAGUUUCAAUCUCUGGAUUGACUGUCAAUGGAACUCUGGUAGAAGAGGCUACUUGUUUCAGAGAUCACAAAAUCUACCUUCCUUCAAAUCUCUUAUUAGGAGAUGGAUAAAAUAACAAAAUCAGUAUAAAUGUGCACAAUAAGUAUAGAAAAGAUGGAAUGGGACUUCAUACCUUCAACGAUAACCAAGAUAAUGUAAGAUUACAGUUCAUUAAUAAUAUUUAGGCUUAAUAUUUGUACACUCAAUUCGAGGCUGACUAUUGUCAUUUUGUCAUUCCAGUUUUUGAUUAGCCUGAUAUAAAGGCAAAAUGGACAUUCAGCGCUGUAGUACCUACAGAAUGGAAUGUUGUAUCAAAUGAAGCUGUUGAUGAGUCUGCAAGUGAAAGAAUGGAAACAGCACUAGCAGCAGUUAAAUAAUCAGCAAGUAUUUUCGGAAUUGACUUUGCUUCUGUUGGAGAUGUUAAAGUUCAUACUUUCCAUCAGUCUUUUAAGAUUUCAACAUAUCUGUAUGCAAUUUGUGCUGGACCUUACGAAUAUUAAGAAAGAGUUACUGAAGGAUUUCCAAAAAUGAGAAUUUAUGCUAGAAGAUCACUAAUUAAGGAUUGUGACUUCAGCGAAAUGUUUACUGUCACCUAGGCAGGUAUGAAAUUCUAUCAUGAUUUGUUUGGAAAGCAAUAUCCAUUCAAUAAGUAUGAUCAGAUUUUCACUCCAGAACAUAGUUCCGGAGCAAUGGAGAAUGUAGGAUGCGUGACUUACAAUGAAAUUUAUCUAUUUAGAGGGGAAGUCCCUUCUCUAGCUAAAAGAUAAAAGUUUUCUAAUACAAAUCUUCAUGAACUGGCCCAUAUGUGGUUCGGAAAUCUUGUUACUAUGAAGUGGUGGAAUGAUCUCUGGUUAAAUGAGAGCUUCGCCACUUUUAUGGCAUACCUCUGCUAAACAAAUGCUCCAGAACUAUCUUAUCAGAAAACAUCUUGGGUUACUUUUCUUCCAUUAAAAUUCUGGGGUAUUAGUGAGGACAUACUAUCAAAGACCCAUCCAAUCACUUGUGAAAUAAACGAUACAGGGGAAGCUGAAACUAUAUUUGAUGGCAUUUCUUAUGGUAAGGGUGCAUCUUUCCUCCAGAUAGUUUAUAACUUGCUAGGUCAUGAUGUAGUGAAGUAAGGACUUCAUGCUUACUUCGACAAGUACUAAUGGUAAAACACUGAAUUAAAAGACUUUGUUGGAACUUUGAACGAGGCUUACACUUAAUAUGGAAAUGAAAAGCUUGGAAAAGAUUUCAACUUUUUAGAAUGGUGUGAUAGCUGGCUUACUACUAGCGGUGUUAAUAUUCUUGAACCAUAGAUAACCUAUAACGCAGAUGGCUCCAUUAGAUAAUUACUGGUUAAACAAACUAAUGAUUUAAGAGGGAAAAACAAACUCAGAGCAUAGAUGAUUGAUAUUGCACUCUAUGACGAAAACUUCUAGCCAACUUUUAUCAGAGAUUAUAUGAUUAGUGAUAAGGUUGAAUUGAAUGAUAUAGAUGCUUCCCAUCAUGUAGGAAAAGUAACAAUCAUUAAUGUGAAUGCCAAUGAUCAUGCUUAUGCAAAGAUUAGAUAUGAUUAAAAAUCUCUAGAUAACUUUGUGGCAUCUUUAUAUAAAGUUAGGGAUGAAGUUACAAGAGGCCAAGUCUGGAGAAACUUAUGGCUAUUAGUUGUUGAUAGAAAGAUAUCCUCCCUUCAAUACUUUGAUUUUGUGAUAUAACAAAUAUCUCAUGAGUCAGUAGACUAAAUUAUUCAAGUUGCUUUGAUGAACCUCACUUCUCUGAUAUCUCUCUAUCUUCCAACCUCAGAAGUCCUCGGCAAGAAGAGAAUUAUGUUCGAGACACUUAAGCAUUUACUCCAGCGAUCUGACAUUGAGCCAUCAACCAGAGUUCCCAUUGUUGAUAACCUGUUUGGCUUCGCCUCUAGCCCAGAUCACAUUAAAGUCUGCUUAGACUGGCUUGAGAUCGGAGCUAUCACCUCUGAGAGUGGAGAGGAAAUCUUUAAACUCGCACAAAAGCACAAGCAAUCUAUUGUCAAGUUGGUCUUCCCAGAUCCCUCCUUUGAUUUGGAAUUCAAAAACGCACUUCUAGAGAAGACUCUUGGAGAUGACAAGUCAGACAUUGCUGUAAAUGUGAGAGAAACCUGCAAUGCCUCACUUCCAGAUACAGAAAACAAGAGAAAAGUCUGGGACAGCUUGAUUGACCAUACUACUCAAGACUCUAUCUACAAGAGAGGUGCUAGAAUGAGCGGCUUCUACAACUGGAAGUAGUUAGACAUCGUCUAGCCAUACUUCGAUGAAUUCUACGAGAUCUUGCCAACCAUCUACGAGAAAACUCCAUUCAAAUAUGUUGAGUCUUUCUUCUAUUCGCUCCUGCCAAGAAUGGAAAUUCAUGAUAGACAUAUUGUCAAGUUGCUCUAAUUAAAGAAUGCUACACCAGAUAAUUAAUCAAACUUUGCAAGUUUACUAUCAGAAGGUACUGAGCUCAUACUCAGAUAGAAAUUGAUUAGAGAAUUUGCUGAAAAAUCAUUCCAAGAAAAACUUUGA